GGCCUGCAGGCUCUCUGCCUGUUCUCCAGACUGUAGAAAUAGACUCAACUUGGGAAAAUCAAUUACCAAUCAAAAUCAGAGCAGGAUGAUGAGAAGUAAAACAAAUUUUAAAAACACUUCCCCUCCCUCCCUUUCCUUUCUGGGCUCUCCAUCCUCCCAAGGAGAUAGGGAAUGAGGGCCAUGGUCCGUUCAUCACACGCUGUUUCUGUCCCUGCUCAGGGAGAGGGGUUGUAGUCCUUCCCCUGCUCCAGUGUGGGGUCCCCUCCCACAGGAGCCAGUGCUCCAUGAAAUUCUCCAGCAGAGUCCUUCCCAUGGGCUGCAGUUAAAUCUUUUAUCCCCGAGGUGUCACCACCAUCUUUGCUGGGCUCAGCCUUGGCCAGCAGUGGUUGCAUCUUGAGCCGGUGGCAUUGGCUCUGUUGGACGUGGGGAAAGUUUUGGCAAUUUCUCACAGAAGCCACCCCUGUAGCCCCCUUGCUGUCAAAACCUGGCCAAGCAAGCCCAACACACCUGACAACUGCAUUGGGUGAUGCAGGGCCUCAUGGUGCCCUUGGGCCAUUGUGACAUGCAGGGCCUCAUGACACCAGGGGCCAUUGUGACACAGCAGGGCCACAUCCUCCCCAUGGGGUGUUUAAGGAGCCUCUCUGGGGUACCAACUCAAGCAGAACACCUUGCUGAUGAAGUAGCAGCUUCCAGGACACCUGUGGAAAAGUAGCCAUGGAGGAGCAGAACCCCAGUCCCCAGAGCCCCAAGGAGAGGCACCAGCUGAGAGAUGGAGGGAGAGGCCAACAGGAGGAUGGCACCAGGCAUACCAGGACCCUGCCCAGGCAGCUGCCUCCAUCCCACAGCUCCUCCUCCUGCCCACAUCUGCGGCAGCCUCGGGGCAGCCAGGGCCGGUCCCUGCACCGGCUGACAUCGCCCCGCAGCUCCCAGGGCCGGUCCCUAACCCGGCUGACAUCGCCCCGCAGCUCCCAGGGCAGCCAGACCUGGUCCGUGCCCCGGCUGACAUCCCGCAGCUCCCUGAGCUCGGGGGGCACCGGGAGCCGUCUCAGCCCGGACGAGGCGGGCCGGGAACAAGGCCCGCAGGGGCGCGAGUCCCGCCCUGGUGGCUCCUCGCAACCGGCCGCCCUGGGCAGCAGAGCCGCAGCCCGCGGCCAGCACCGCCCCGUGAGGAGCCGCCGGGCCUGCAGCGGCCCGGGGGGGCCACAACUGGUCUCCAUAAGGAAACCAGUUCCUGACCCACAGAGAAAGGCCUCUCACCAUAUGGAUCAGGAAACCCAGACUGAGACCUGGGCACAAGAGGCAGGUUCAGCUGUUCAAUAUGCCGAGCAGGAGACACAGACAGAUACUGUGGCAGAAAAAGAGAAAAAUUCAGCUGCUCCCCUCAUGGCUGACCAGGAGACAGAAACUGAGACUCCAAUACAAGAGAAGAGUUCUGCUUCUCCUCAAAUCACUGAUGAGUGGACACAGACCAAGAGCCACAGCUCUGCCCCCUGCACAGGCACUGAGGCCCUGGCUCACCAGCAGCCACCCUCCCUGCUCUGCAGGGCAUUCUGCCACUCCUGCACGGCUGGACAGCCUCAUGCUGCCAGCACCCUCUGGGAUCUCAGGGACAGCCGCUGCUCCAGGCAGCCACUAUGGCCUGAGCACAGCACACCAGAGAGAUGGGGAUGGACAGCACUGCCACCCUACUCUUGGCCAUGGCUCAUUGAGAUGAACCAGUUUUGAUAAAACAUUUAAUUUCUCUAAUCGUGCCCACCUGUGCCUGGUCUGUCAGGAGAAAGUUGGCUGCAGGUGAGGCCUCUGCAGAGCAGGAGAGCCCCUGAGCUCCUCCAGCCAAGCAGAGCCCAUGCCCUUGGCCUCUGCCAGGCUUCAGGUGUUCCAGCUCCUCUGGUUGAGAUCCCUGGGCUGGUGCUGAUGGCCAGCCCCCAGCAGAACCCUGUCAGCUCCCUCCCACCUACCUGCUUCUAAGUGAACAUUUCAGAUCACUCAUUUGGUAAGUUUUCCCUAUGGCUGCACCUCCUUAGGUUCACAAGGAACCUCCCCAGUAUGGGAGCACUUCUCCCCUCUCUUUUUAAGGCCUGCUUUGACUGCUCCUGUAUCACUUUGGGGAGUUCCUCUUGGUGGUGUGUGGACAAAGCUUUCCUCCUAGUCUUGUCAUCAUGGCAUUCCUGCUGUCCUUCCUAAAGAAACAAAAAUACAGCACUGCCCUGAGUGCCCUCUGCUCCCACAGAGGUGAGUAAAGCCAGCCAGGGACCAACUGCCCCAUGGAUGGGCUGGGGGUACUGGGACCAGACAGGGCUACCCUGACAUCUGUGUUUGGGUAUCGCUGGGCUUGGCUGCAGAGUUCCCAGCACCAGGGCCAGGCAGGAAGCUGGGAGGAGCAGUGGAGUCUCCCUGUUUUUCCAGCU